GCCGGCUCCGCCCCCGUCGGGUGUUUGUGGUGGGGCUGCGGAGUCGCCGAUCCCGCCGGAAGCUCCAGGACAAUGGGGACCCGGGACGACGAGUACGACUACCUAUUCAAAGUGGUGCUCAUCGGGGACUCGGGCGUGGGGAAGAGCAACCUACUGUCCCGCUUCACCCGCAAUGAGUUCAAUCUGGAGAGCAAGAGCACCAUCGGCGUGGAGUUCGCCACCCGCAGCAUCCAGGUGGACAGCAAGACCAUCAAGGCACAGAUCUGGGACACGGCGGGCCAGGAGCGCUACCGGGCCAUCACCUCUGCGUACUACCGCGGUGCUGUGGGCGCGCUGCUGGUCUACGACAUCGCCAAGCACCUCACCUACGAGAACGUGGAGCGCUGGCUGAAGGAGCUGCGGGACCACGCGGACAGCAACAUCGUCAUCAUGCUGGUGGGCAACAAGAGCGACCUGCGCCACCUGCGCGCCGUGCCCACCGACGAGGCCCGCGCCUUCGCAGAAAAGAACAAUUUGUCCUUCAUCGAGACCUCGGCCCUGGACUCCACCAACGUGGAGGAAGCCUUCAAGAACAUCCUCACAGAGAUCUACCGCAUCGUGUCCCAGAAGCAGAUUGCGGACCGUGCGGCGCAUGACGAAUCCCCGGGGAACAACGUGGUGGCCAUCAGCGUGCCCCCCACCACCGAUGGCCAGAAGCCCAGCAAGCUGCAGUGCUGUCAGAACCUGUGAUGGACCCCCCAUGACCCCACCACCCCAGCCCCCAGCCCUCGCCCCCGGCCCUGCUGCCCUACUGCGCCACCUGCCCUCCCACCACGCAAGCCCCGCAUGGCUGGGUCGGGCUGGGGGGACCCCACGGAAGAACAGGAGGCGAGGGGGAAAGCUAGAGCCACACCCCAAACCCCCACGCUGCCUGGACAUCGCCCUGGGGAUUCUGGGCUGAACGGGGCAGGCCGGGGUUGGGAGAGGGACCCCCAUACACUCACAAACGCUCACGCACAGACCCCCUGUAGACUCCAGCCCACUACCCGCUGCAGGAGAAGCGCCUGGCGAGGUGCAGCCGGGCCAGCGGGACACUCGGGGCUCCCUCAUCCCUUGUUCGUUGUCUGUCCCCCCACCCAGUCUGCUGCACGAUGCUCUGACUUCCGUAGCCCCACAACCGCCCGUGGAGCCGCAGUGGGGAGCAGCUGCCCCGGCCCGACCCCCUGACACGCACGCAGCGCACUCGCCUGCACACCCCCCUUCCAUGGCUCCCCGUCUGUCUCGUCUGCCCCCUCACCCCUGUCUGGUCUGGCACCGUGGCCAAGUGAAGCAAUACCUACCGCCUGGGUUUGUAUAUACAAUCGCUCUUGUAGCCUUUUGUUUUUGUUCGGUUUGGUUUUGGGUUUGUUGCUGGUUUUGUUCUUUUGGUUUAUUAUAGAGAAACAGAUUCUUUAUACACUUUGUAAGAUUGACGCCAAA